AUGCAAAGUCGGCGAUUCGGGAUUUACGAGCACCAUGCUAAUGGCGUGCGCCGUCUGACUAACGACGAAUAUCCGCUUCUAGUUCAGCUCAACUGGAGCAAAUUAGAUCGGGAGGGAAAAUUUGUGCUGAAAUUGGAAACCACAUCCAGCGAUCAGAUACAACUGGGUAAUGGGAGCUCGAGAAAAGCAACAUCUAACGGCGCAACACACGGCCCCGGUUCGUUACACCCAGAAGGCAAUCGUUUUCGACGUCGGUGGUCCGUUCGGAAGGACAAACAACAGCACGUGCAUGAGUUAUCAGCUGGGACUCGUCCAAGGCGCAAUCCAUUGGGAUGUGCCGCUGCGGUUCACAACUGGACCAAAGAACGCCUCGAUGGACAUCAUAAUCAUCACCACCACCAUCGAAAUGCGGCCGCAGCUGAACAUGUGUUCACAUGCUUACCAGCCAGCGGAAUCAAGAUACACAGUCCGGGGUCUCCUGCGAAUAUCGACUCUCGUCGUGGAGCUGCAGGAACAAAUAUGGUCCUCUCAGAAUCUCCACCGGACUCGAGCUUCACACGGACAAUUUGUAAUCCGGAAGCUUUGAUGCGCCGUAAACGUCAACGCACAUUGGAAGCCAAGUUGCAUCAGAUUUUACAGCACGGCGGCCCUGAUAUUGGUGGAACUUUAAAGAUCUACGGUGGACAAAUUUGCCCAGAAGUGCCGUACAAAACACUUCUGCUGUCUGUUUCGGAUACCGUCGCUGACGUGAUUCGUCAGAGUCUGGAUAAGUACGGUUUCGAACAGGCUGAUCCAGAUGCCUAUUGUUUGGUAAUGCGAACGCGCAGUGCUGCUGAAGUAGCCGCUGGCCUCGGUGGUGUUGAAGAACUCCUGUCCGAUGCGGAUUGCCCGUUAGGGCAUUUGUUUUCCUCCGCACCCGAAGCAGGAGCAGUGGUCACGUUUGAACUUCGGCAUCGACCACCGCAUUUGUUGAAACGACGUCCAUUCUCAGAGUCCCCGUCCACCACCGGGACACCCUACUGGAAUGUACCGCAUCCACCCGCCACCGAUCCAUUUAAACCGAUGAUUUCGACCACCGCUCGUCCAAACGCCGAUCUUGAUGCUGUUUUUGCGUGUCUCAUCGAAGUGGAUCGGAACGAUACAAAUGUUUGUACGGGUAAUGUGUUUCCUUUACCCGUGCACAAAGGACAGCCCGAUCACGUGAAUUGGUAUCUUAGUGUUGAUCACGUGAUCCCGAGGACCUCAUCACAUUUCAACGUGGUCGCGGACUCUUGUUAAACAGCCCUGUUCUCGUGCGCGGAUAGUAGCACCGAUUUGCUCCCGGAUGACAAAUUGUCUGAUCUGGAGUAUGCAGACGAUAUUGUACUACUAAAUGAAUAUUCAGGUAAGUUGCAAGCUUUGCUAGAUAGUUUGAGUGCCAGCGUAGCCAUGUUCAGUUUGCGUUUUGCACCUUCCAAGUGCAAAAUGUUGCUUCAAGACUGGGUGUGUCCAGCACCCAGUCUCGCUCCGACUAGGGAACGUUUAUUUCCGAAAUUUCACCCCAACCUGGCCGAACCCCCAAGCCCAACUGUUUCCGUAGCUGGUUGUCCAGAAGUUCCAAGACAUCAACGUCUUUAUGCGUCCAAUCUCAACCAGGCAUCUCAAACGCCUAUAUCUGGGCGUUUUGCCGAAUCUGAUCAAACUCCGAUUCCAUUCUGCAUGGAAUUGAACUGUACCGCCGAGCUUAGUGCCCCAAAGGCUCCCGUGCCUGUUAGCUAUCUAUCACCUCUUGUCCAACGCGUUAGUUCACAACCAGUGGAUUGUGUGCACCACGGUCGG